UGUAGCUUUAUAUCAAAGCUACUGCCCACAGCCAAACGUUAUUAUUUCAUUAUAACAAACCAAUUCCAUUUCCCCGAAAUGGGUUUUGAUUUCUCUCUUUUUCUUUUUUUUUCUCCUCUAGAAAAUUAAAACUAUUAUUUGAUUUCUCAAUCUCUUUCUUUCUCUUUGAAUGUGAAAAAAGAAAAAAAAAAAAAAAAGAAGAAAAAGAAAAAUGAGACGUAAAAUGGAGAGAUUGGUUCUUCUUCCUUUCUCUGUGGGAUGUAUCUCUGAAUCAAGUGUUGCUGUGGGAAUUCAACACAAUAAUGCAUCAACUUCCAAACCACACCCCAUCUCUUCUCCUACAUCAAGUGAGAAAGAUGAAGAUGGGAAAGAAGAAGUUGGUGGUGAAACCCUAUUAGAGGAAAGCUUGAAGAACUCUCAGAGGUUCACAGCACUUGCAAAGCCUAAUAUUGGAGUUGGUUUUCAUAGGCUUUACAAAGGUUUCAAGAACAUCUCUCAAUUAUUUGUGUACAAAGAUGAGAUGGAAGAAAUGGAGAUGGAUAUGGAAAUAGGAUCUCCCACAGAUGUGAAGCAUGUGACACACAUAGGAUGUGAUGCCACCACAAGAGAUGAUGCCAAUUCUUUCAUUGCUUGGGAAACUCUUCUAGCUUCUUCUUCUUGGAGGCAAUUUGAUGAUCAACUUUCAAACCCUAAACAUUUACCUAAUAUUCUUGGUCAUUCCAUUUGAAAAAUCUCUCCAUAUAUAAUAUUUUAUCACUACUUAUGUGCAAACAAA